UGAUAAUUGACCGAUAUGAUGCGUCGGUUGUGGGUGGCCCUUUUCCUCCUUGCACCCGCUGCCUUCGGAGCAAUCGAAUUCCUUCUCACUGACAAACAGAACCUUGAACAGAACGAGAGCGGUAAGCCACUCAGUGCUCUCUGUUGACAACGCCCUUCUUGAGCCUUGUCCUUCCCAGCUGACCAUGAGGUCUGUAUCAUCGGCGCGGGACCCAGCGGCGUUGGUGCGGCUCACCACCUUGUGCAGAAAGGCUACUCCAACAUCCUACUGCUGGAAAAACUGGACAGAAUCGGCGGCAAGUGCAGGGAUAUCGAGCGAGCGGACAAUGCCAACGGCGAAUUCGUCAACCGCACCUACAACCUCGGUGCCAUCCUCAUGCUUCGGGACUACAAAGAGGUCCCUGAGCUCGCCGACAUCUACGGUCGCACCUUCGAACUGUUCGCUCUCGGGGUGCCGCAAUCUUUCUUCACCGACUUCAACGCCAAGAAGCUGUUCACCCCUUCUCUUCCGCUCACCAACAUCGGCAGCCUCCUCGAGCUCAACAGCAUCGAGGACCUGCAGGAGAUCAUUGUGGGCGUCACCAGCAUAUUGGCGUAUGUGGACAUCUGGAAAGGUUACGUCGCCAUUGAUGAGGAGACCGGCGAGCCGGAUCCAAAGCGACCUCUCGCCUACGAGCCCACUCUUACAUCCAUCGACUUCGACCGCUACCCAGAGCUUGCGGAUCCGGCCAACAAGUUCAUCGCAGACCGCUUCACGGAGCGCGGCCUCGGUCCGGAGCACAUCGAGUUCUUCCGGAAUGCCCUCUUCGUGGUGGAGGACACCGGCUAUCUUUCUGCCGAUUUCACUCCGAUGGCGUACUGGUUGAGGGGUCUGACGCCGACUUUCAUAUUUGAGGGUUUGACCGGCACUUUUCAAAGACUAGUGGGAGGCUGUACAUCGCUGCUGAAGGCCAUAGUGGACACGCUGUCUGCCAAGGGAAAGCUAGAGGUCAUGCUCAGUGCGGAAAUUGUGAACACUGUGCGGGAGUCCGAUCAGCCGUCGCUAAUCCAGCUGUCCGACGGCACUGAAAGGACGUGCGACCGGAUUAUCGUGGCAUUUCCUCAGAUCACGGCUGACAUGAAAUUCCUCAGCCUGGACGAGGAGGAGAACGAUGUCUUCGGGAAGGUGUACCACGCCCCGUAUGUCUCCACACUUGUGGACUUAUCAUACGAGCACAUGCCCAAUCCGAAGACCUCCAGGCUAUUGGGCAAUCUCGAUACGUCUGUCCAGCCUCCCGCUCUUCGAUCAGUUGUCGGUGCAGGCCACCCAGCGUUGAUCGUCGCGAUUUACGGUGCAGACCCAGGAGCCGGCCUCAUUGUCUACCAGAGUUACGAUCGGCAGCAGCACCCCUUCAACGACACGCUGAAGCAGGACAGCGCGCAGAUCAUGACGGAGAUCUUCUUCAACGGGGAUUCGAAAGAGUACGAGGCCAACCUGACCGAAGUCAACUUCUGGACCUAUGUGAGUUGUCAAGGGAGAGCGACCGCAUCACUUGUCCAUACUUUGUGUGCUUCCUGCGUGCAGUUUCCCCACGUGAGUGGCGAAGAGCUCCGGGCGGGCUUUUACCAGCGGCUGGAGGCGCUGCAGGGGAACAAGAAGACCUACUGGACAGGCGGGCUGCUCAAGUUCGACAUCGUCGAUGCUGCCAUGGUCUACAGCCGAUAUCUGGUUGAGACCUACUUCUGACUUUGCAGAACACCGCUCGCCGCUCGCCCGCAGCCAAGGGAUGUCAAGCAGCAGCUACCGGUCACUGGCCGUCUCUGUGGCGGGGACACAGUAUAGGAGAUGAAUGAAUGGGGACGGGGACGGGGCUGCUGAUGGUCUGCGGCUGGUCGGUUGGUUCAGGUUCAUGUGGCUGGCUGCUGAGAGAGGGCCCGUUGUCUGCCUGCGUGUGUGCAUGUGUGUCUGGAUGUAUGGCCCCGCUGACUUGCACAGUGACUGAUAGCUGGGUGGGUGAGGUCAGGCGGGGCAUGCGGCGGUGCGGGCAGUACUAUGACGUGGAGCUGCCCAUCCCUGAUGACGACGAUGAGGCACGCCCGGAUGGGGGCAGGGGAGUCAGACAGAGUAAUUGACUAGCCAGUGAAUGACCCGAAAGAGAUGGCUGUAGGUGUGUGUGUACAUGUGAAUGUAUUACAAUCGCACCUAUACAUAUUUCGAG